AUGUCAGGUGUAUCGGGUGCAUCCUUUGCAUCUGAGGAUGAACCCCCAGGUGUUGUGGUCAUCGAUUCCACAGUGAAUGUGGGGAACGUCGGGAAGCUGGAUCAGAUCCUCUUGAGGCUUGAGAAGUUGGACAAGAAUUAUGGAUAUGUCCACAAGUCCAUUGAGGCUUUGAGCCAGUCGGUGGAUCGCUUGACCGGCCAUGUGAGCCAUGUGUCAAAAAACACGGCUGACUUGGAGAUCGCUGAAAAGCGAAACUCCAGGAAAUCCAUGUCACCGGCACCAGUGACGAGAAUGCGAAAUAGCAAACCUGGCACAGUUCUGAGCCUGGUGCAGAUGCAGUCAGACUGUUUUCAGGAGAUUGUUAUGGCCGGUUAUAUCUCUCACAGGAGAAGUGACGACGAUGAAGGCUUGGGCCCUGCUUGCGACACCUCCAGAUCUCCACGAUCCCUGCGAUCCGUGCGAUCUGUGGUCUCCGUCGUUCCACCUGAUGUGCCCGCAGGAAAAAUGACAGAGGUGGACUUGCCUGGGUUGUUGCAGUGCCGCCCCGAAAAUGAGGCGAAAAUUCCAAACACCAGCACUUCGCAUGCUCCAAUGCAUACGAUGAACGAGGAAUCGCAAACGCACAUCCUGGGGUCUACGAGCCUGUGCUCCUCACUAGAAGAUGAUGCUCCACUGGAUGCAGGCUCAAGAUUGAUUCUGGCAUUCAACUCAAUGCUAUAUCUUGCUCUAGGCAUACCAUUGGUAUGUGUACUUAGCUUGGCGGUGGCAUGCGGCGGUGUUGUCUGUCGGUCGGAUACCGGGUUGGCGUCAACAGUGCUUGAGAGCAUCAUCUAUGGCAUUGCGGCCAGUCUUUGUGUACGCCACAUGACAAGGGCCUUGCACUCGAAGAAUCUGAAGCUGGCAACUGGUCGAUUACACGCUUUCGUCGCGGAGUUCAAAGUCGAUUGGCGAGAGGUAUCUGGGCAAGAGGGCUGCAAAUACCUUUGCAUGUGGCUCUUGGUGGUUCUCAUCAUCAUUGUGGCUCGUUGUUUGGGUAUUUGGUGGCUUUUGACUUCAGAAGAUUUCUCCUGGGCAUGGACACAUGUGCUGCCUGCCAGCCUGAAGAUUUGUUCCCUUCUGGUCUAUGCCUUGUCCUCCGGUUUGCUGACGGCUGCAGCCUACACGCAGUCGUAUUUGCUGCUUGGAUUGGACAAGUCUUUGGACUGUUGGUGCUCCCACUUGAUGGCAAUGCCAGAAUUUCAAGAAGGUGUCCGGAGCUGGAAUGUCCUGCAGGCUCUGCUGAAGUGUGUCGGAAGGGAACUAGCUGGGAGUUUCUUAAUCCUCCAGGGUUUUGGGUAUCUCUGCUUCAUUUUCUUCUUGGUCAGUGGCAUCGUCCUCAUCUUCAGCAAUGACUUUGAAGCUUUGCCGCUGAUGGUGGAGGUUUUGUCGGGUGUUCCUUUGCUCUUCCUAUCGUGCUUGAGCCUACGUUUGUCCGCGCAUGGGGCCGCGCUCACGGAGAAGUGCCGGGCCAUCCCAUCUUUUGUGAACCAGAUCCCAGGCAAGCUGAUCGAUCAAGAAAGGCAAUACCUCGUGAGAUUCAUUGAAGAUAGCUCCGCUGGUUUCUUUGUUAGAAAUGUCAAGCUCACCCAAGAGAUGGUCAUGAAACAGGUCUACAUUGUCGGAGCCUUGCUGUCAGUCAUUGUUCGUAGCAUGGGGGCCACUGAAGGCUUCUCACUUUGCGAGUUGGAGUUGCCAGGAGCCCGUAAAUGGGUGGCAGAUGGGCGGGUGGCCCCCAUUCCAUGUAGCAACUUGCUGCAGCAGUCCUGGAUUUUGCAUGGUCGUCGGCUUCAGCUCUUUGGUUCUGGCGAAGCCCGUGUGGCCCCGCUGGAGGGGGCUGGUGAAGCCUGUGAACGAGGGGGCGGAAGCUUCUUGGUGAAGGGGAAGCUGGGUCAGCGGAAAGGGGCGAUCCUUCUGCUCUCAGCAGUAUGCUGGUGCCUCUCUAGCAGAGGUUUUGUCCCACCAGCUGGCGUGGCGCCACCACCCACGCCACCACUUCAAUGGUCUCCGAUGAUGGCAGCCGCAUCCGGUGCGGCCCUGUUAGCCCCGGCAGCGUUGGCCGACGAGCCAGACAACACCAUCAAUCCAACUGAUGCCAUUGUGCAGGCCUUCGCCUUAACCUUUGUUUCUGAAAUUGGCGACAAGACCUUUUUCAUUGCCGCCAUUUUGGCCGCAGGCUCCUCUGCCGCCGAAGGAGUGAGUCGAAAGGUGCUCACCUUUGUUGGUGCCAUUCUUGCUUUGGGAGUCAUGACCUUCAUUGCCGUUAGCAUCGGCCAGAUCUUUCACGCGGUUCCGGAUGCAGCUGGUGGUCUUCCGUUGGAUGACUAUGCUUCAAUCCUUGCGUUCGGCUACUUCGGCGUCAAGCUGCUGCUGGACGCUUCCACCAUGGCCGAUGACGGCAGCAUCUUAGCUGAAGAAAAGGAGGAGGCCGAAGAGGCGGUGAACGAGUCACUGCCCGAGUGGGUCACCAAGUUGGCUUUGCCCACUCUGGUGAUCCAGGCCUUCCUCCUGGUCUUCGCCGCGGAAAUCGGUGAUCGCUCCUUCAUCUCGGCCGCGGCGCUGAGUGCCCAGGGCGGCCCGGAAGGCGCCGUGGCCGUGUUUCUCGGCUCCAUUUCGGCCCACGGCGUGGCCACUCUCCUGGCGGUGGCGCUGGGAGAUCUCAUUAGCACCUAUGUUUCGGAGAAGACGUUAACCUACAUCGGUGGUGCCUUGUUCUUGCUCUUCGCCGCCACCUCAACGGCCAACGUGGUCAAUGCCCUCUGA